AUGUUACAUAAACUUCUGUUCUCUAGAAGAAAUUUUUCAUCCUUAUACCCAAAACGAAACUUCCAUAUAGAUUACCUCAAAGAUAUUUAAAUCAUUACUAAUGAUUAUUGCUAGAGUCUCAAACACAUAUAUGAGUCGUUUUCAACUCACAAAAUUAAGCUUUCAGACAUUCAGACAAUGAAAUUAAACCGAACAGAUAAGGACUAAAGGUUAAUACUAAAGUUAACAGUUGAGGAAAGAGAUUCAUAUAAAUUUAAUAAGUUGUAUUAAGAAUUAUAAAAUGGACGAGACGAAGUUUUAACCAAUAAAAACUCUAAAAUUCCAAUAGUUCCAUGGUUCCCAAGAGACGAGAAUGAUGUAAAGUCACUUGGACUUCUAAUGGUAGUUAACGAAGAAAAUAAUCAAUACCAUCCUCAGUUUACAGAUUAAGAGUACAGAGAAAGAAGAGAAUAGAUUGCCAAAAUCUCAGAACAACACGUCUUCGGAUAAAAAAUCCCAUCAAUUGAUUACACUUAACAGGAGGAAGCCACUUGGAAAAAGAUAUACUCAAUUUUAAGAGAGAAAGGAAACCCUUUGUUGGCUAAAAGAUAUUUAAAAAAUUUAGAGAAGAUUGAAAAAGCUUUAGGAUUUAAAUAUAAAGUCCCCUAACUUAAUGACAUAGAUGCCUAUUUGAGAGCUGAAACAGGCUUUAGAAUCAAGGCUACUCAUGGAAUCCUAAGCCAAAGAGAAUUUCUCAAUGCUCUCGCUCACAGAGUCUUCUGUUGUACUCAAUAUAUCAGACAUCAUGCCUAUCCAGAAUAUUCUCCGGAACCAGACUUGAUUCAUGAAGUUGUGGGUCAUAUACCAUUAUUUGCUGAUAAAGAAAUUGCUGAUCUAUCCUAAGAAAUAGGAAUUUUAUCCUGUGGAGUUGAACAGAAAGAUUUAUCAAGACUAGGAACUUUGUAUUGGUUUACUCUGGAGUUUGGGGCUUGCAAGGAAAAUGGUUAAAUUAAAGGGUAUGGAGCAGGAAUCGCUAGUUCAACCGGGGAACUCGAUAAUUUUCAUAUUGCAAAUUAUGAAAAAUUUGAUCCAUUUAUCCAUGCUGACAGAACAUAUCCUACUUAGAUAGUCCAACCAACAUAUUUAUAUUGUGAGAGCUUUGAUGAAGUCAUCUAAGAACUACGUAUGUUUGGUUAAAGUCUUUAAAAACCAUUUGGAUUAUAUUACGACUUUGUUGAAAAAGAAUUAAAAGCUACCAAAGUAAUCUAAACUCAUUUAUAAAACCCAUGA